AUGCCGCUGCCGCCAGAAAAGUCUUCCAGGCGGAAACACCAUGCAGCGGAUGUUCCGAAUGGUACCGGUGGCGGCAGCGGCUUUGGUCGUGGCUUCCUCUCCGUGCGCACGGUCUUUUGUGGCGUGGCCGUUGUCUUCAUCAUCUGUAGUUUUCAGCUGGUCCUUCUCUUCAGCCACACGGACCCUGCCUAUGAGUCGCAAAGCCAGAAUGCUCGGCUGUGGCACUACCUGCAGGUCCAUGAGGCCAAUUUGACGGCUUUGGCGCUCCAACAGCGAGAGUUGACUCGACUGCUUGGGCAGCUGAACAAUUUGCUGGUUGGGCAGCAGAAAGAGCUCCGCCAAGUGGAGGACCAGCUGUCAAACCCGCCCACACCGCCAUCGGCGACCAUGCCUGCGGGCGGAGCCGACUCUGCAGUGAUGCGGAAGAUGAGGGAGCUGAAGGUGCAGCACCAGGAAGAGCUGGACAGGCAAUUCCGCGAGAUCGCGCAGCUGCAGGCCGCAGUGAAAAGCCUGAGCGGCGACACGGCAACAGCACCGCCUGCAACGCCCGCAUCAGCCGCGAUGCAGAAAAGAGUGGAAAGCACGCCGCCCGAGAUGUCAGCAAAGCCGGCGCCAGCGUUAAUAGAACCAGGACCUGAGCUCACCCGCAGCCCCUCCGACAACGGCGAGUGGCCAGAACAGUGGCUGCGACGCUUUACCGCCUCGGAUCUGGAGGCCUCAGCCAAAGAAGCUGAGCAGUGGCGAGUCAUGGCCAGGAACGCGGCAAUCCAUGCCUGGAAGGGGUACCGUGACCGAGCGUGGGGCAAAGAUGAGCUGAAGCCCGUCUCAGGUGCGGCUGGGCGGAUAUGGGGCAACACGGGGCUCCAGAUCUUAGAUGCUCUCUCUACGCUUUGGGUCAUGGACCUGAAGGAGCAGUUCGACGAGGCGGCUGACUGGGUGACGCAAAGUUUGAAGUUCGACCACCCGGCCCCUGUCUCCUUCUUUGAAAUCACGAUCCGGGCCUUAGGUGGUCUGCUCUCGGCCCAUGCACUCUCCGGCCGCCCAAUUUUCCUGCAAAAAGCUCGGGAGCUGGGGGACAAGUUGCUGCAUGCGUUCAACUCGCAGACAGGCUUCCCAUUCACACAGUUGACCUUGAGGACUGGCGAGGGGAAGAAAGGCUGGUACUCAGGUGUUGUCUUGGCGGAGGCUGGCACUGUACAGCUAGAGUUCCGGUACCUCUCGCAACAGCUCAACGACCCGAAGUAUGCUGCUGCAGGGGACAGGGCCAUGCGGCAGAUCCUUCAGGCUGAGAACGGGCAGGGACUGGUUCCGUGGGGUUUGGCGAGCUCGAGCCCGCCCCGCUUUACGAACAGUCACAUCACCUUUGGAGCCAUGGGCGAUUCCUACUACGAGUACUUGCUUAAAAUGUACUUGCAGACCGACCGCUCCGAGCCUGAGUGGAAGAAUGCAUGGAGGCGGCCAUGGACAAGAUGA